GGCUUCUGCUAAUAGCCUUUGUGUGAAGGCGGGGAGGACUCGUCUCGGUUAGGCUGCUGAUUAGCAACAAACAGAAGGUUACGAGUUUAAAGAAUUGGACAAUUUGACCGCCAUACUGGCUUUACGGCAACGAGAGCGUUAUGAACUAUGUCGGGUGUCUAACCGGAGCUUGUUGGGCCGCUUUUGAGGGGACCUGGCGGUGAUUUGCAACAUUUCUGGCUGAUAGCGGAGACAACCUCGCGUUUAGGUCGUUGGUUCAAGUGGCGAUGCUGAGCUGAUAGCUGCGUCAUCAUGUUGCUUCCGAAUCGAGUUGGCGAAAAGAAAUCUCAAGUUAACGCCGGAGGUGAGGCUGCCCACCGCCAUCCAUCCCCAGAGGGCCACUCCCGACCCCUGAGAUAGAUGGAAGACGGACUGCUGGUGAGCGGUUUGCGGUGAUCGCCUAUUUACGUGGUCGCUGUGAAACUAGUGACUUUAUAUCACUUGGCUCGGCGCUGUUGGCGCGAUACUCUCCUGGUUGAAUAGAUUAUAUACACUCGGAUGGACAGUGAAACAUAUCUAUUGAUGUUGCGUAACGUAUAUUUUUUACCAAAUGCUUCCCUAACAGAAAGUGGAAGUAGAUUGAUAGCUUAGGGAUGUUAGCCACAACUGUUUUGGAGAGUGAGAAGUGAUGACAGCUAGGCUACAAAGCAGGACCCUCCAAUGAAAUGCUGCUGAAGCCCAUCUUCUUUAGCGCCAGUUGAGAAAAACAAGCUUUUGUAUAAGACAUAAUGAGAGACGUUGCGGUUCAUUUGAGCUAAUAGGCUAGUUUGUAGCCGUCCACUGGGAUAUGUUGGACUAUUAGCAGGGUGUCAAAGAGUGUUUUUCCGGGAAUUAUUGUUAAAACGGUGGUCUGUUGUCUUCUGUCACUGUAUCCACGUGGACUUUGUUUCAGGUCGGUGGGUAAAGUUAGGCUUUGAGCCCCCCGCGGUGACCCGACCGAGCAAAACAGGACUGAUUACUUCAGAGCGGGAGCAGCUGUGGUGCUUCUCAGCCUGGACAAACUUACAUAUUUUACUCUAGAAUAUAAAAGCGGAUAAAAUGGCCGGCGACUGCACCCACACCAAUGCUCAUUACGUGAAGGUAGAGACGUUUUGUCCGUCCAAACCCUGGUCGGAUGGAGACCGGGAGAGAGCCAGAGGGAUGGAGCCAGCCGGGAACUCGAAAGGGCGUGGACUUGCACCGUGGUCACCCAACUUUGAGAUGAUAGACGGACUGUUGUAUCGCAAGAAGCUGGAAAAGGGCUUCAUCAACUAUCGUGAGGUUUUGGAUGAGGACCGGCGACAUGAGGCCCUCUCCACCUUUCACCUUCGGCGGCUUGGCCAGCAUCACCUCUCCCUGGAGGAGACCUACAAAUGUGUGGCUGAAAACUACUGGUGGGAAGGGAUGUACUUCCAGAUCAGAGAUUUUGUCCUGGGCUGUCUGGAGUGUCAGAGCCAGCGCACCAAGAAAACUGAGGGGCUGGGUGGCAGAGGAUGUGUCACAAAGACGAUGGUGUCACACAGCGCUGACAUGCUGCACAAACUGAGGAGUCAGCGGGAGGCAGGGCUUUUCUGUGACAUUACACUGCGGACCAACGGGCGAUCCUACUCUGCCCACAGAGCUGUCUUGGCAGCCGUCAGCGAUCACUUUCAGGAAAUCUUCACAGAAAUGGACUCUGGCAUGAAAGCAGACAUAGAUCUCACUGGUUUUAGUGAGGACAGCCUUCUGUCUCUGCUGGAUUUCUCCUACUCCUCCACUCUGUGUGUUCGCCAAGAGGACCUACCUGAAGUCAUCGCCAUGGCCCGCCACCUGGGCAUGUGGCCUGCAGUUGAAGCCUGCUCCGCUCUCAUGAAAGAGCAGGAGCAGAAACUCCAUCCUGGCAAGGACUUCACCUCAGCCUGUGCUGGCGAAUGUCAUGAGCGUCUCCGGCAGCAGAGGGUGGGCAAAAGGAAAAGGGUUUCGGAAUUCGAGGACUGUAUGAACGACGGCUUCAGUCUAAUGCUGGAUGCAUCAAAUGAGUCUUUAGAAGGAAGUCCAAGGCGCAAUCUGCGAAGAACACCAAAAACCCAAUGUCAUAAUGGUCUCCCUCUGAGCCCCUCGCACAGGAUGAAGCUCAUGGACUUCAAAUCUCCCUCUUCCAAGAAAGCUACCACACCUCGACACACCGUAGCCACCCCACAGUCACAGAGUUACUCGCGCAUAUCGCCAUCAAACACCCGUCUUCUCCGCUCCACUCCUGGGGCCGCCAAGGAGGUUCAGAGAUUGCUACCCAUGCCUGAGAGCCCUCGACGAACCAGAAAACUUCACUCUGUCAACCAGCUUUCACGCACCUCAAUAUCAAGGGCUACAAAGAUCGCUGUGUGCAGUCCUGUGAGGAUAAAGCAGGAAGUAGAGGAGGUUGGAGAGGAUGAACAGGAUUAUGAGAGAGCACAGGAGAAGUACAAGCUGAUGAAUGUUCUUGGGUUACAGAGGACCUGCCCUCCUCCCCAGACCUGAAGAUCUGAUUGGCUGGAGACAGAAGAAACGACUGAGGAAGCUGAAGGCUAACAACUAUUCACUGACAAAGCGCCGGAAACCACGCCCUGUCUCCCCAGGACUGCCAUUUAGGGCUGUGACACUGUCACUUCCUCUCUGUAACCC